GACGGAUACAUUGAAGCACUGAAAACAACCAGUUAGCCUAAAAACACACCGGACACUCGUUUGAAACGUGCUUUGGGUUUUCAAGUAGUCGCACAUAUAGGUUACUGAGGUGAGGGAGAGCAAGAGGGGGGGGCUUCCGAGGCCACGGUGAAACCAGGGAGUUUCCUGCCUCUAGGUCCGCCUGCCUGGCGGGUCACAGGUAGGGACUGGGCCGGUGAACCUGCUCUGGAGCUCCACCAGACAGAGAAGUCACUACUGGUUGAUGUUUCCUCACCGGGCGCCCCCAGGGUCGCUUUCAAACCUGACUGCCGACAGCUCGCCACCUCUGUCAACCUCUUGAGCGAGCCGAUUGAUCGCCUCUACCUCAUCAUCACCGCGCACAAGGUUCUGCCGCGUCUGCCGAGCCCAGCUGCCUGUGCAGGACUGCGUCACCAUGGACACAGAGUCCACCUACUCGGGCUACUCCUACUACUCCGGACGCUCCCGGGGAUCCCACAGGCAUGGGGAGCGAAGCCGGGACCGCCACAAGUCCCGCAAUAAAGACAGCCGCUCAGAAAAGUCUGUAACGAUUAACACACCGCCCGCAGAGCCGCUGCUGGGCGACUCGGCUGUUCGGGGUGAGCAGGUCCAGGAUGACAACUGGGGCGAGACCACCACGGCCGUCACAGGCACAUCGGAGCACAGCCUCUCUCAGGAGGACAUCGUCCGUAUUACCAAGGACCUGGAGGACAGCGUGGGGCUGGACUGCCGCCGUUACUUCACCCUGACCCUGGCCGUGAUCUUGGGCCUGCUGGUGUUCCUGACGCCGGUGGCCUUCCUGGUGCUCCCCCACAUUCUCUGGCCGGAGAAGCUGCAGAGCUGCGGCACGGCCUGCGAGGGCCUCUUCAUCUCCGUGGCCUUCAAACUCCUCAUACUGCUGCUGGCCGUCUGGGCGCUCUUCUUCAGGUCGCCGCGGGCCGGUCUCCCGCGGGUCUUUGUGUUCCGGGCUCUGCUCGCUGUGCUGGUGCUGCUCUUCGUGGUCUCCUAUUGGCUGUUCUAUGGAGUCAGAAUACUGGACGCACAGGACGAGAACUACCAGGGCAUCGUGCAGUACGCCGUGUCGCUGGUGGACGCUCUGCUCUUCAUCCACUACCUGGCCAUCGUCCUGCUGGAGCUCCGGCAGCUUCAGCCGUGCUACUCCGUGUGCGUCAUGCGCUCCACAGACGGAGAGAUGAGGCACUACAACUUGGGACAGCUCAGCAUUCAGCGGGCAGCUCUGGCCAUCUUAGAGCACUACUACUGUGACUUCCCCGUCCAUAACCCGGCGCUGCUUUCUGCCUCCAAGUCCCGCGCAGCCAAGCACCUGGCCGGCCUCAAGGUUUACAACGUGGAUGGUGAGUUCCCAGCAGCCCCGGCUGAGGGUCCGGGGAACAAUGCAGCAGCAGGAAUGGCCCACUCCCAGUCCAGAGCCAUGAUCGCAGCCGCUGCCCGCCGCAGAGACACCAGCCACAACGAGCUGUACUACGAGGAGGCCGAGCACGAGAGGCGCGUCCGCAAGCGCAAAGCACGACUGGUGGUGGCAGUAGAGGAGGCGUUCACACAUAUCAAGCGCAUGCAGGAGGAGGAGCAGAAGAAGGCUCCAGGGGACGUGAUGGACCCUCGAGAGGCAGCGCAGGCCAUCUUCCCAUCCAUGGCCCGCGCCCUACAGAAGUACCUGAGGACCACAAAGCAGCAGCACUGCCACAGCAUGGAGAGCAUCCAGCAGCACCUGGCCUUCUGCAUCACCAACAACAUGACGCCCAAGGCGUUCCUGGAGAGCUACCUGAGCGCAGGUCCCACCCUGCAGUACAGCCGGGACCACUGGCUGGCCCGUCAGUGGACGCUGAUCAGCGAGGUGUCUGUCACCAGUGGCCUGAAAGACGGCUCCAUCUUCCAGCUCAAGUGUGCGGACUUCAGCCUGGUGGUGACCACAAAGAAGAUCCCGUACAUCCAGAUGUCGGAAGAAUACAUCGACCCCAAGUCGCACAAGUUUGUCCUGCGGCUACAGUCCGAAACCUCCGUGUAGGGCUUCAAACUUUCUUUCUUUUUUAUUCCUCACCCUGUCUCAAAUGUUUUCAUUUUGGGUUUGCCGUUUUUAUUUGUACUUUUUUUGGAAUUUUUAUAUAUUAUAUAUGAAUCUAUAUAUUACACUCAUGUUUGAAUAUAUUGAUCUUUUUAUGUUUUGAUUUGGAUGAAAUCAAAAGAAAGAAUCCGGGCGGGAUUACGCUCAUGGUGGAUUGACUCGGGACGCCUCAGACAUGGUUGUGUGUGUGCGUGUGUACGUGUGUGUGCACGUGUGUGUACGUGUGUCAUUUUUUGUCAACACAAUCACUCGGAGGAACAACAGAGACUCUGUUGUCUCGGCCACCGACAGACAAACCACUAAGGACUCUAAUGGAGUGACUUUAGAUAUUUGAAGCCUCAUGGAAACUCAUGACAAAUAUCGAGCCUGUGUUGCAGUCUCGUCUGCAACAUGUGAAAGUAUUCGGAUGCGGCAGAUUGAGAAUUAAAUGCAUUUCUUUCUCUCGAAGAAACAAGUUAAAUGCAUUUGACAAAGAAAUGUCAGACUUACUGAAGUCUGAUGUGUAAAAGCACAUUUCUGUUUGUUUAUACAUUAAAAGAUAAAAGGAUGGAACGUGUGACCUCAGCCUGCUCAGACAGGAUGUCAGACUGUUUUCCUCGUCACUACUUCUACAUCUGCAGAGCUCCACACAAACCAAAGUGUGAAGCUUUGAAGCCGCUUUGGUGCACGAUUCCUCUCCAAGUGCAAUGGAGCAAAAUCAAAAAAAUGUUUCCACUCCCGUUGGGAACAACACACACAUGCCAUGUUGAACACGGGGGUGAAGUCACGAUGAUCCGGAUCAUUAGACACGCUGGACGCAUGCCCAACAUUUGCCCGACAUCAUCGGUUCACUAACCUUCUCAGGGCUUCAUGUCUGACAUGAUGGAAAGGGAAGGCAGCGAGGAGGAGGGACACGAUGUCACAAAUAAAAAGUACUACUGAAGACUCCCUCUGUGGGUUACACGGCACCAAAUCUGAUCUAAUGCUGUAAAUUCUCCAAUAAAAGCCGGUAAAUAAGUUAGCUUAGCCUGCUCGCUAAUCUUACAGCAGCGCACAUGGUAGAUGUAGUAUAAUGUUAAUUUCCACUGCCCUAAUUCUAUCCAUACAUGUUAACAGAAAUAAUGGUUUCGUACCCUAACUCUCAGAGUUUCGUCUUUGUACGACUGGAUGUUAAGCUGCCAGCGACAAUACUGCAAGACUUCUAUUUGCCUUCAGUCAACAGUAUAGAGACGGGAAACAUGGAGAGAGAUAUGACAGCGAAGCUCCUCUGUAAUGUAACUAAGUACUUUUUUCAUGCCACUACUUCUACUUCCCUUCCACAGCUUUACAAAUCAUGUCUUUUUUUUACACGCAAUAUGAUUCAAUGCACAAUAGAAAACAAUUAGAAUCAAUAUAACGGUUUAUUAUAUAAGAGUAUAACAGUCACAGGGAAACAUUUGUCUGCAUUGAUUACUUUUAAUUGUCAUACUUGAUGCCUGAUUACACUUUACACUUUUACUGAAGCCACAUGUUCAAUGCAGGACUUUUUACGUGUACCGAUACGUGCACCGAUAGAAUUAUUGCUGUGGAAAUGGACAUUAUACAGAAUUCCUCAACACAACAGGGCUAAGUAAAGGCCACUAUUUGAGAACUGUAUUUAUGAUCUCAUCUUUCAGGGUUUGCUUGUAUCACUAGAAUACAUGCAGUACUAGAUGACAAAGCGUGUGUAUCGUAGUGUGAUCUGCAGCAGCAGGGCGGAACCUCCCUCCCAACUGGACCGUCAGGUUUUCCUUCACUACUCCGUCUCACCUCUGUUGUCUGACAAACGUGCUCACAGUGAGUCCCUCGAGGUCAGAGGGGAUCUCUUUCUUUCACCUGGUGAAUCAGAAUCUUGUGAAGCCAGAAACAUGCAGUUAAAUGAAGCUAAUGACACUACAAUGAUUUCAAUCCGUCAUAACUGAUCUGGCAAAUUCACGUAAGUGUUAAAAGAGUCACAAUGUGUCUCAAGACGCAGAAAUCUGUCGUACUGAUAAUAUCCUCUGUGUGCAGGUUGUCCCCUACUGCCCUCUGGCUGGUAAACAUAAUACUGUCGGUGUGUGUGCCGGAGAGCAACGUACUGGUCGUUUUAGCAAAAACUUUGUUCCACUGUAAACUUGUAACUUAAACCACCUGGGGAGAACUUAAAAAAUAACACUUUUGCGGUUUCCUCUUUUUGAAACGCCUGCCACUGGUCCCCUUUUGUACUUUGUAUGAUCCCAAUGUGACUGUGCCUCCUGUUUUUACACUGUAUCUAUUUAUGUAAACAAGCAUGUCUGUAUGUAUGUACGUCAUUCCAGUUCACACGACCAUCCCCCCCCCCCUCCCCUCCUCUACAUCUCCAUCUGUCACGCUGUUGCCAGGUUACAGUCCUCUGUCAGGGUUUGGUUUUUGUUGGACAGCUCUGUGACGACGAUGUAAGACGUGUUUCAGUUUCACAGCAUUAGCAUUUGUAAAAAAAAAAACAAUAAACAUUUUUUAUGAACAUUUGUAAAACUUG